CUUUUGGUAUUGCAAAUUCCUUGUAUGGGCAGUGUGGUUUAUCAUGCAGGGCUAGGGUUGUCAUCAUCCCAUUCACGACUAAGAUUACCCAGUUUUAGAAUUGCAAGUUUGAUUGAACCCAGUGUGUCAUCAAGAUGGCAAGUCUUGGAACAAGUUGACAAGGAGCUAAGAAAAGGGGGUGAAAGAGCUGCACUUUCACUUGUCAAGGAUUUGCAGGCCAGACCUGGGGGUCUGCGUUGUUUUGGUGCUGCAAGGCAAGUACCCCAGAGGCUCUUCACCUUGGAUGAACUAAAACUGAAUGGAAUAGAAACUUCGUCUAUUCUAUCGCCAGAGGAUGCAACUCUUGGUUCCAUAGAAAGAAACCUGCAGCUUGCAGGUGUCUUAGGAGGAAUUUCUGCAUGGAAUGUGUUUGGAUUUAGCACGCAACAAAUCUUCUAUUUCUCCUUGGGAUUGUUGUUUCUAUGGACACUAGACUCGGUUUCGUUUAAUGGAGGAGUCAGCAACUUGGUUCUUGAUACAAUUGGUCGCACCUUUAGCCAAAAGUACCGCAAUAGGGUUGUUCAACAUGAAGCUGGCCAUUUCUUAAUUGCUUACUUGCUGGGAAUUCUUCCCAAGGGGUAUACGCUAUCAAGUCUGGAAGCUUUGAAGAAGGAAGGAUCACUCAAUGUUCAGGCAGGAACUGCAUUUGUGGAUCUUGAGUUUGAUGAAGUAGUUAAUGCUGGAAAAGUAUCCUCCAUGAUGCUGAACAGAUUCUCUUGUAUAGCGCUAGCGGGUGUGGCGACUGAGUAUCUUCUACAUGGAUACUCCGAGGGAGGCCUUUCUGAUAUCAAUAAGUUGCACAUGUUGCUCCAAAGCUUGGGUUUCACUCAGAAGAAAGCGGAUUCUCAGGUGAGCUGGGCUGUUCUCAAUACUAUUCUAAUAUUGCGUCGCCAUGAAGGAGCCCGAGCAAAGCUAGCAGAGGCCAUGUCUCAGGAAAAAUCUGUGGGUUUUUGCAUUGACAUUAUAGAGAAGGCCAUAGACGAUGCAGACCUAUAG